AUGCCGACGACGGUGGAGCGCAUCCAUGCGCUGAUGCAGCGAGGCCGCGGCCCUCUGUGGUGCUUCGGUUUCGUGGUGGGUCUAGCGACCGGCCUGGGCGCGCUUGCCUUUGCCAAACUACACAGGUACUGGGUCGCUACGUACUGGCGGCGCAAAGUCCUUCGUCGCGCCCCUCGGCGCCGUCCUACUGAGGAGCCAGGCUCCGACUUUAAGCCCAUCGAGCUUAAGCGCAGCGGCUCGAUUGUGCCGGGCAUCGAGGGGCUGAUCGGAAACACGCCACUGAUGCGCAUUGCAAGCCUGUCUGAUCUGACCGGCUGCGAGAUCCUCGGCAAGGCCGAGUAUCUCAAUCCGGGCGGCAGCCCGAAGGACCGCGUCGCUCUGCAGAUCAUCAACGAGGCAGAGUACAACGGUCUUCUCGUUCCCAAUACGGGCUCCUGGAUUUUCGAAGGCACCGUCGGGUCAACAGGCAUAUCUCUCGCGACGCUCGCUAAGGCCAAGGGGUACAAUUGCUGCAUCAUUGUGCCCGAUGAUGUCGCCGAAGAAAAGGCCAUGCUGCUUCGCAGCCUCGGCGCCGUCGUCCAGGCCGUCCGGCCCCGCGGAAUCGUCGAUCCACGUCAUUUUGUCAACGAAGCGAGAGCCCGCGCACAGGCGUGGACGCCCAGCGAAAACCAGCCGUAUGCGCGUGCCUUUUUCGCGGAUCAGUUUGAAACGGAAGCCAACUUUGACGCGCACUACCAGAACACAGGCCCCGAGAUCUGGCGCCAAACUGGCGGCAGGGUCGAUGCAUUCGUGUCGGGUGCAGGCACCGGCGGCACCCUCGCUGGCGUCUCUGCGUACCUGAAGGGCGUCGCGGACCCUGCCGCCGGACCGCCACCCCUUACGGUGGCCGCUGACCCCCUGGGCUCGGGCGUGUACAAUCGCAUACAUUUUGGCGUCAUGUACAAUGCGACCGAGGCCGAGGGCACACGCCGGCGUCAUCAGGUCGAUACUGUCGUGGAAGGCAUUGGUUUGAACCGGCUUACGCACAAUCUCGAGCUGGGGUUGGACUAUAUUGACACGGCCAUUCGGGUGACCGACGACGAGGCUGUGCGCAUGUCGCGGUGGCUGGCUGCUCAUGACGGCCUCUUUCUUGGCUCCUCGUCCGCCGUGCACUGUGUCGCAGCUGUUCGGACUGCCCUGCGCUUAAAAAAGCAGGCGCCGCACCCGGAAGACCGCCCCGUCGUGGUGACAAUCCUGGCAGACUCGGGUGCGCGGCAUCUGUCAAAAUUCCAGAACGACGCCAUUAUGGAAGCGCGGGGGCUCUCUGUGGUUGAUGAUAUAUCAGACAUUCUACAAGAAACGCAAGAGCUAGACCAGCAUCCGUCUUCGCUGUGA